CUUUGCUUACCACCAGGAUAUCAUACAGAGAUUCUUUACUGAUGAACCACACUGAAGCAUUACCCUCCCCUUGAGUCUGACCCAGAAAUAUUCAACGAGCUCCUCCGCCGCCUCGGCGUCAACAACAGCAUCAAAUUCAUCGACAUCUUCUCCCUGGACAUAGACCCUGACGUUCCCCGGCCACCAUUAGCGCUCAUUUUUAUAUGCCCAUGCGGCCUGCCACCAUGACCAGGCGAAGAAGUAUUGGAACGCAUAGCAAAAGGUCCCUUUGAUUCAAGGAUGUUUUGGGUGCCGCAGUCAAUUCGCCAUGUCUGUGGGCUGUACGCGCUAUUGCACUCUGUCUGUAACGGUGACGCGAGGAAGCACAUCCUGCCAAACACACCUCUCUCGCGCCUACUCGAAAAGACAUCCACCUUGACUUCAAGUCCUGAGCUGGCUCGCGUCUUGGAGGAUGACAGUGACAUUGAAGAGGCGCACUGCUCGAUUGGGAGACGAGGGAACACGCCGAUACCAGAUGUUUCUGAGCAAAGAACGGGAAAACGCAUCGUCUACGACAAAGUGCUCACACCAGACCAGGACUCGCUCAGCGAGCCAGUCCUCGACCUUAUCCGUGGGUACAUCAAGGACCUGAGCGCCGAUGGGAACCUCGAGUUCAGUUUGAUGGCUUUGGUAGAGGACAAUUCUAUGCUAGAGUGUAUUGGUACUGAUGUACAUUAA